AUGGACCAGAUUGUCUCGCGAUACCUGACACGCAUUCCCCUUUCUCGCAGCAAGCUUAUCGUCCCAAACAAUGCGCCCAGUUGUCCCUUGUGGCUAGACUGCUCAUUGGGAACAUGGUCGGAACUUUCAAGCACGCUGGACUGGGAUGCUCGGAUGGCCAUGCAGAAGCUUUCAUGGGCGAGAUGUUCUAUGGAAAGCGUUUCUCGAAAAGGAUAUUGUGCCGGAAGUUUGAAAGCAUGGAACGAUUGGAGCAAGUGCAGUGCUCCAGCGCUUGUCUUGAGCAGCAAUCCAAUCAAUGGGCGUUGUCUGGUCGAAGACUACCUAGGUGGCCACAGUGGGAGUGGAACGCUCGCUCUGCGACUAUCAGUGUCAUUACUCGUCACUCUUGGGGUUCGCCAACUACAGCACAUAUUACCAAACUGCGCAUUUCAGGCUUUGGUUGUGGAGACACGUAAGAGCAAGAGUGGAGGAAAAGGAUUCCAAGGUGUGGAGGGCUAA